AUGGACAAAAUCUGGAAAGGCCGCUCUCAGAUCUGGAAGCCUUGUCAUUGUGAAAGAAAGAACCAGAAGCUGUCUGCACCGCCUGCGGGAAGCCCGCCCGCCUCCCCGGGAGCCUUGGUCUCAGGGUCCGGAGUCCUGAGCGGGGCCCCUGGGCCUCAGCACGCGUGUCGGAAUCAUCAAGCCCGUGAAGCCGCCGUGUCACAUCUGAAACUGUUUAGCUGCGGAAACCGAGAGGCGCACUUCAAAGCCGCCCGAGGCGAUCCAGACAGACUCGCUGGCGGGUCGCCUCGAGGUCACACUCCACCCGAUGGCGGGUCUCCGCCUUCCUGCCUUCCUCUCGUCAAAACAGAGUAUGGGGGCAAUGCUACCCCGGGGUCCCGAGGCACGUGUGGGCGGACGCGCCCCCAGACCCCCAACCGCCUCGGAUUCCUGGCAGAACCCGAGCGUGAGGCCCCCACCGCCCGCAGCGCUCGCCGGGCCUCUGCCCUGCACCCCUCGGCCUCCCCUCCUGGGCCCGCAAACCCCUAUCUGCCCUGUCACUCCACCAUCUUCCACCACACGGAGCUGCUCAGCGGGGACCGGCAGGAGGGACCUUUCUGGGAGGACCAGUGUCCCCUAGAGGUGGCAGUCACCCCUGAGAAAGCCGAGGGCCGAGGCAGCACAGGACAGCUCUUUGGCGUGCUUGAUGGAGAGAAAGCAGCAAGCCGCGAGGGCCCACGAGGGCCCCGAGGGCUGGGCAAGAGGCACCUGAACAUCGAUGUGCUCCAGUGCGACGUCUCGGUGAAGGAGGACAACCGUCAGGAGUGGACGUUCACGUUCUACGGUUUCGACAACAAUGGCAAAGCCACCAGGGAGGACGUGUCCAGCCUGAUGCACACCAUCUGUGAGGCCGUCGACGCCUCCGUCAGCCACUCCUCUGGCAGCAGCAGGACCCUCCGUGUGAAACUGACCGUCAGCCCCGAGUCCUCCAGCAAGAGAAAGGAGAGUCCUCCCCCAGGCCAAGACCGGGAGCCCACUCACUGCAGGACGGAGGGCGAGCUCAGCGAGGACCCCCGGGGGGCCGACAAGAGGCUGUCGGCACAUGUCAGGAGGCCGGGCGCCGACCCCCACCCCUGCUGUGCACGGGGCCCGUGCCGCGUGGACGAGAACACGGAGCGGAGGAACCACUACCUGGACCUGGCCGGGAUCGAGAACUACACGUCUAAGUUCGGACCCGGGUCCCCGCCGGCACCAGCCAAGCAGGAGCAUCAGGGCAAGGCCGUGCACCCCCAGAGCAGGUCCCACUCGCAGGAGGCGGACGCACACGACGCGCACCACCGCAGGUCUCAGCCGCUGGCCGACGAUCACCCCCCGCCGGCUGCAGACCCCGCCAGGGCCCUGGACGCGCAGCCCCGCCUGAAGGGGCAGGACAAGCAGCCUCUGAGGUCCCCCAAGGGCUCAGGGAGGCCACCUGGGCCGCCCGGUGGAGGCAAGCCCGGGAGAGCCUUCGGCUCCCACCUGCCGGCGGCCCCGGCCCCCGCCCCCCAGGACGGCCAGCGCCCCCCCCAGCCCCCGCCGCAGCCCUACGGCCACAAGCGCUACCGGCAGAGGGGCAGGGAGGGCCACUCGCCCCCCGAGGCGGUGCUGGAGCACGGGGAGGGCUAUGCGGUGCCCGCGGUCCAGCGCCACGAGCACCACCCAUCCUAG